GAGGAAAUCCAGUGCCUGGUUUUGCAGCCUGGCCGGCUCCGUCCCGGCCCCGCGGUGACAUCAGGCUGCUGGGCGGCGGGGGCGGCUGCGGGCUCCCGGCGCCUGCCCCGCUGCUGCGGGCGCUGCCGCCUCCCGACCCCGCCGAACCCUUCCCCCUGCGCGGCCGGCUCCCGAUUCCCGGGAAUCCAUCCAUCCGUCCGUCCGUCCGUCCCUCCCGUCCCCGUCCCGGGCAUCCCCCCGGUGCUCCUCCCCGGUGCAUCCCAGGGGCGCUGGCGGAGCGCGGCGCGGGGGAUGCGGCGGUGCUGCCCAUGGUGAGCCGCCGGCGGUCCCCGCCGCACCAUGUCGCCGCCGCGGCCGCCCCCGAGAGGAUGUUCGAGGGCUGCCGGCGGGCGCGGAGCCUCUGGGGCGGCGUGAGGCUGGAGGUGGCCGGGGAGAGCAGCCCCGUGGUGCUGCACAGCUUCACCCAGCUCGACCCCGACCUGCCGCCGCUGGAGAGCUCCACACAGGAGAUCGGAGAAGAGCUGGAGGAUGGUGUGAUCUACAGCAUAUCGCUCCGGAAAGUGCAGCUCCAUCACACGGCCAACAAAGGGCAGCGGUGGCUGGGGUUUGAGAACGAGUCGGCCUUAAACCUCUAUGAGACGUGUAAGGUGCGGACGAUAAAAGCUGGGACCUUGGAGAAGCUGGUGGAGUACCUGGUCUCAGCCUUCAAGGGCAAUGACUCCACCUACGUCACCAUCUUCCUGUGCACUUACCGGGCCUUCGCCACCACCAAGCAAGUGCUGGACCUGCUGCUUAACAGGUACGGCAAACUCCACGUGCAGGCAAAUGGGGACCAUGCCAGGCACGCUGUGGACGAGAGGAUGGAGCUGAAGAACACCAUCUCCUCCAUCCUGGGCGCCUGGCUGGACCAGUACUCAGAGGACUUCCGCAAGCCCCCGGACUUCGCUUGCCUCAAGCAGCUCAUCUCCUACGUGCGCCACAACAUCCCCGGCUCGGACCUGGAGCGCCGAGCCCGCAUCCUACUGGCCCAGUUCCAGCAGCAAGAGCAGAGCGAGUCGGAGGCGGAAGCUGUGGACCACGGCGGCUGCACCUUCCAGCUGGUGGAGGAGAACGGGGUUGGGGACGGGAAGCCGGAUUUCCUCUCCUUCUCCCCAGAGAUGGUGGCAGAACAGUUCACGCUGAUGGAUGCUGAGCUGUUUAAGAAAGUGGUGCCUUACCACUGCCUGGGCUGCAUCUGGUCCCAGCGAGACAAGAAAGGCAAAGAGCACCUGGCGCCCACCAUCCGUGCCACGGUCUCGCAGUUCAAUAGUGUGGCCAACUGUGUCAUCGCCACGUGUCUCGGAGACCGGUCCCUGAAGCCGCAGCAGAGGGCUAAAGUGGUGGAGCGGUGGAUCGAAGUGGCUCGGGAGUGCCGCAUCCUGAAGAACUUCUCCUCCCUCCGAGCUAUCCUCUCAGCUCUGCAGUGCAACGCCGUUCACCGGCUGAAGAAGACCUGGGACGAGGUCCUACGGGAGAGUUUCCGCACUUUCCACGAGCUCUCCGAGAUCUUCUCCGACGAGAACAACCACUCGCUGAGCCGGGAGCUUCUCAUUAAGGAGGGCACAUCCAAAUUUGCCACCUUGGAGAUCAACCCAAAGAGGGCUCAGAAGCGGCAGCAGCAGCAGCGAGAGAUGGGCGUGAUGCAGGGCACCAUUCCCUACCUUGGCACCUUCCUCACGGACCUGGUGAUGCUCGACACCGCUAUGAAGGAUUUUCUGGACGGCGGGCUGAUCAACUUUGAGAAGAGAAGGAAGGAGUUUGAAGUCAUCGCCCAGAUCAAGCUGCUUCAGUCGGCCUGCAACAACUACAGCUUCACACAGGAGGACCAGUUUGUGGACUGGUUCCACAGCCUGGAGCGGCUCAGCGAGGCCGAGAGCUAUGGGCUGUCGUGUGAGAUCGAGCCGCUGUCGGAGUCAGCCAGCAACACAUUGAAGGCGAAGAAAAACACGGGCAUCAUCAAGCGGUGGAGCGACCGGCAGCCGCCGAGCACCGAGCCCUGCGCCAGCGGCAGCUCCCACUCGAAAUCCUUCGACCAGCUCAAAUGCGGGCAGUACCUGUGCAGCGGGGACGCCACCGACUCCGUGAGUGUCACCUCUGCCGGCUCCAGCAGCUCCGACGUGGAGGAGAUCAACAUCAGCUUCAUCCCCGAGUCUCCCGACUGCCAGGAGAAGAAGGUCAGUGAGAUUCCUCUGGCCUCCCUCCCCCAGCGCUGGUACGCCCCGUCUGUGGCCGAUGGAGAAGCUAAAACCACUGUGUCCUCCGCAUCCCCUCUCCUCCCUGCCCUCCAGUUCUGGGAAUCCACCUCCCUCUCCUCCCUGGACACAUCGGGCAUCGGCUCAGGCUCCAGCAGUGCCUCGUCCUCUUCCGUCUCCUCCACACCGGUGACUGCCUCACGCACCCACAAGCGCUCCGUCUCCGGCAUCUCCAGCUACUCAUCCCUCUCGCUGCCCCUCUACAACCAGCAGGUCGACGACUGCUGCAUCAUCCGUGUCAGCCUGGCUGUGGACAACGGCAACAUGUACAAGAGCAUCCUGGUGACGAGCCAGGAUAAGACCCCAGUCGUUAUUCGCAAGGCCAUGGCCAAACACAACUUGGACGGGGACCGGCCUGAGGACUAUGAGCUCGUUCAGAUCAUCUCAGAGGAGAGAGAGCUGAAGAUCCCCGACAACGCCAACGUCUUCUACGCCAUGAACUCUGCCGCCAACUACGACUUUGUGCUGAAGAAGCGGGGCUUCUCCAAGGGGGUGAAGAUCAAGCACGGCUCCAGCUCCACCCUGCCCAGGAUGAAGCAGAAAGGCCUGAAGAUCGCCAAAGGCAUCUUCUAGCCUCAGCCCCACUGCCACCCAUCACCGACGGGGCCUUGGGGGCAGGCUGCUCCGAGCUCGGCUGCGGCCGGUCCUUGUGCCGCCUGGCACGGCGAGAGGAGCGACCCUCGCCCAUGGGGGACGGCCGUGCACCUCCCUCCUGCACCGAGAGCUGGGGCGCUUUGGCAGCCGGUGUCGGCCUCCGCCUCUCUCUGCACAAGCUCCCGUUUCAAUCAGGUCUUUUUUUCUACACAGGAAGGCAGCGAGGGGGGAUAUCUCCGUUUUAUUUUUCUCUUUUUUUUUUUUACGUUCCACGGUGCGACACUAGUCCAGCCGCCGGCCAGCCCAGAGCUGGAGCCCGCCUCUGCCGUAGGUGCCUUGUGUCCGAGCGAGCCGGGGAGCGGUGACUCGCAGAGGGGCCGUUUGCAAGGAGCAGAGCACGAGCCAUCACCCCGGGGCUGCAAAGCCUCCCACGUGGCGGGGUGCUCUCCUUCCCCGCUUUCCUGGCGUUGUUUUACCGCCACGUCCUUCCUCCCCGGGAUAACGGGCAUCGCCACCGCCGCGCAUCUCUGCCUGUCCUUCCCGUGGGAGGAGCCGCGGACGCCCCAGGCUGGGAGGCGAGCUGGAAGGGAUGCAGCCCCGCUCUGCCCUCGGAGCCCAUGGAGGAGGGCUGUGUCCGCGCUGCGAUGGAGCGGGGGCCUCAUGCUCUUGACAGCUGGAAGCCUGCGUGGUCUCGCUCCUCUCCCCGAUCCAGCGUGUCCUCCAGCUGGGCUUCGACGGCCCGCGUUCAAACUUGCACCAAAGAUCAAACGCCAGUGUCUCUUCUGCCGGUGGGGGAAGCUUUGCGCUGUGCCCCCAGCGCUGCCAGCCUAACGAGGAGGAGGAGAGCGAAUUUCUGUCUGAACUUGUGUAAAUAGAGACCUUGGGUCUGCGCAGGCGGGCGAGGAGCUGGAGAGCUUGGGGUGCUCCGGGUGCCCUGGCUGCCACCGCCUGACCUGCAGAAAGUGCCACUCACCUUGGGCUUUAACCGGACUUUUUCAAACACUGACCAUGGGAGAAGCAGCAAUGAGACUUUUUUUGUAUAAAACAAAAGUUUACUGAUUUUUUUUUUUUUUUUUUUUGGCAAUAUUUAUUGGUUGUAAAUAGAAGAGACGAACUUGUACAUUUUACUAAUCCAGCCUCCCCCGACCCUGCAGCCCAGUCCCUCUCCUCUCCCCACCCUGCUAUUUAAGCCUCCUGGGAGGGAUGUGGCAGCAGCAGCGUUGCUCUGCCGUGCUCGUGGGGCGCAGACCCGCCGGCCCCCCCCUCCCUUCUUUCUCUACCACUAAGUCGCUCGAGCAGGGGCAGAGAUGCUUGUUUUAAUCAUUGUAGGAAACACUAACCGAAGGGGGACUUUUUUUUGCUCCUGGCUCCAUCUCUUUUUUUUUUUUUUAAGCGCUUCCUCCCAGCACAUCUUUUCUCUUUCCCGUCUGUCGGCGCUGCCGGGCGGGUGCAACACCUUCCCCGGCUCCAGGAGAGGGGCCUGGGGGAUGCAGCAAUGCUGCACGGCCACACUCGGGGGGCUGGUGGCAGGAGCUGGGCUGCGGGCUCUGGGCGGGGAGAGGCUGCUUGGGUGCGAGCGUGGCUGGCACUGAGCUCUCCCAGCCCCGUGUCCCCUCGGGUGGCGUCGCCCAUCGCUGCACAUGAUGGGAGCCCCUGGCUCCCUGACGCAGGGGCAGCCUCCUGCCUCCCACCCUGCCUGGAGCCUGGCUCCUGCCCUCGGGCAUCAGCACCCCAGGGUCCUCCCUCUGCUUCGUGCCUGCCAGCUCCUGCCCACCCCGGGGCCACGCUGUUUCCCCCCCGUUCCCCUCCCACCAGUGUCCCCAGCAGCCCAGCGUCACCCAGGGACUGGCUGUACCAUAUGUAUUUUGUACCACUUCAAUGAAGGAGCACACUGCCUGGUGUGACUUGUACACAGCAAUGUAAUUAGUCUUUGCAAUAAAAUACUGAUGCUCAAA